AUAAGACUUUCUGAAAUGAAUUCUAAGUGACAUACUUACACGUUGCCUUGCAUGCGUAUUUAUGAUUGUUUUUAAUAGUUGUUUUGGUUGUUGUCGAAACAACGGUCUCCUCCUCCUCCUCCUCCUCAUCAUCAUCUUCUUCGCCAUCAUCAUUCUUACAAGUCUUGUUUAUGACAAUUUCUCCUUUGACAAACAGCAACAACAACAACAAUAUCUAGGACAGUAUCGCUAUAGCAUCAACAACAACAACAUCGAUAACAACAACAACAACGUCAUUCACAGCACUGAAUCAAUCACAAACAACAACAAAACAGCAACAACAACGAUGUCACAACAACAACUAUCAGCUACAUCAUCUCUACCUUCACUGGCGUCUAUCAUCUUCUCACUGUCAACAACCCUCUCUCUCUUUCCGCAUCUAUCUCUCUCCGAAGAAGCUGUUGCCACGCCCACAUUUGCCCCGAUGAUUGACAGCUGCCAAAUUCUGGAAAAACUCAACUCGUCUCUGGUAGCCAUUCACGAGCCUGCUUUCAUUUUGCAGAUAAUGACGUCAACUAUUACGUCAGAGGAAUGUGCGGAGUUGUGCUGCUCUUACAAAAGCACAAAUGGAGGCACUUACACACGCGUGAUACACACAGAUACCUGCAAUACCAUAUCCUACUAUCUGUCCGGUUUAUCUAAUCAUCAGCAACAUGCAAAUGUCGACACGUUUACGACCACAUCUGCUGCUGCUGCUACUACUACUACUACUGUAGCCUCUACCACAACUACUACUGCUACUACUACUCUAAGCACGGUUAUCCCUGAUAACAUUAACAAUAAUAGUAAUAAUAAUAAUGAUGAUUAUGACUAUGAAGAGGUCGAUUGGAAUUUUAUUGGGGACCAAUUUAAUAACAAUAAUAAUGAUAAUUAUAAUAACAAUAAUAACAAUAGUAAUAAUAAUAGUAAUAACAACAACAUCUUAACAACGACUCAAAAUAAAAUACCUCUUGAUCCUAACAACAACAACAUUGAUAACGUUAAUAACAAUAACAAUAUAAACAACAACAAUAAUAAUAAUAACGGUAUAAACAACAACAACAAUAACAAUAGUAAUAACAAUAAUAAUAACAAUCGCGAUUUUUUCGGCCAAGUUGAUGUCGUCAAGAACUGGCCCCUGGAUAGUGAGGAUGGUGUAGAAUACGAUAGGAACGCUGAUGAUUAUGAUUACAAUACCGGAAAAAUCAAUAACAAUAAUAACAAUAAUGAUAAUAAUAAUAAUAAUAAUAACGAUAUGUACGUGUACGUCGGCGUUCUUACCCUCCUGUUCCUUGUCUUCGUCGCCCUUCUAGUCUACUUCAGGAGGGCCUUACACGCAAGAAGGGUGAAGCAGUAUCGGCCCUUAAGAGAUUAUGACGUCAGAGUGGAGCCCACGUCGUCCAGUGCCACACUUUUGAAUUAGAGCCCUCUCUAUCUGUCUGUCCGUGUCCAUGUCGAAGAAUUUUUUGAUGUCUUGCGUUUGGAAAAAGAGUGAAAGCAAGAUUGUAAGAAGAGAGAGAGAAAAAGAGAUAAGAAAAGGAAGAAAAGAAAGAGAGAGAAAGAGAAUAAAUACAAGUUUUUUUAUAUAAAAGUGGUUGACAUUGAUCAAUGUAAGAUAGAUUCGUCUCUAUGUAUCAGCCAGCAUGAACUGAACAUGUCUUUUGUACAAAUUUAUUUUCCAUGAACAUAUCAUGGUUUUGGGAUGUGGCAAUAUUGUUCAAUGCAUUUCUACGUUAUUAUUGCUACCACUAUUCUUUUGUUAUUUAUACUAUUAAUGAUAAAUAGACUAAACGAAUGACAUCAAAAUUAAUGAAUGAAUGAAUGAAUGAAAGAAAGAAUGAACAAACGUCAGACCUUGUAGUUAGUAUUGCUGGCUGGAAGUUUAUGUUUUCUUUAUAAUGAGUUUGCUUCUGUAUUAUCAUAUUUUUCUGCUAAAUAAAAUAAGUUUU